AUGUCCAAAAAACCCACCGAAAAUUAUGCCAUCACAGUCUUUGGAGGAGACUACAUGAUCAGGCAAGGCUUCAUUACCAAGUUCACAACAGGCUAUUAUUCCGAAGAGUACGACCCGACUUUGGAGUUUGGUUGGCGGAAAGUAAUUGCCCUUGACGAGGAACCCGUUAUUCUGACCGUCUACGAGAUGGGCGUUGGGGACAACAUGGGCGGAACCUACGGAACAGCUUUCCUCGAACACACCGUCCGCAUAUCCGACGGCGUCGUUAUUCUCUACUCCGUCCACUCCAGGGAGUGCUUCGAGCGGGCUGAGAGUUGCCUGACGAGAACGAAGGAACUGGUGCGGAAGAUGCGGGGAACUCCAAUACCCAUCUUCCUCGUCGGCAACAAGACCUACCGCGAUGCCAAGCGGGAGGUGUCAACCGAGGAGGCACAGCGCUUGUCCCAUCAGGAGGGUUGCGGGACCGCAGAAUGUUGUGUCCGAGACGACGAGCACGGGGAGGUCGACCGGAUUUUUCUCCAUCUCACGGGGCUUAUUCGACGGGGAUUGAGACCUCACCAAGCCGUACCAACGCCGGUUUCUUCUCCGGAAAAGCUGUCGUCCUCGAACAGCAGGGCAAGCUUCUUUGUCAGGUUGAAGUCCCAAGUCGGACUCUGGAAGUCGAAAUGA